GGUGCUUUUCGGUGGCCGUGGCAGUGUAGCGCUACUGACUGGUUUCGAGUGUGUGCCAGUCGGUUGAGAAGUCGCCGACGUUGUAUGCGUACGACUGCGGGUUGAGAGAUAACGCGAGUGAAUUUGCUGAAGCAAGGGUGGUGCUGUGUGCAGGUCGGACUGAAAUUACUGCAGCCCAUGUGCUCUACUCGUUAAAAUGCUUAUCAAAGAAUUCCGUGUCACUUUGCCACUUACAGUGGGAGAGUAUCAAGUGGCUCAGCUGUACUCUGUAGCAGAGGCAAGCAAAAACAAUACAGGAGGAGGAGAGGGUAUACAAGUACUGAAAAAUGAGCCAUUCACGGAUUAUCCCUUGCUCGGCGGGAAAUAUUCUUCAGGUCAAUAUACAUACAAGAUAUAUCAUUUAGCUAGUAAAGUGCCUGCUUUCAUUCGCAUUUUGCUGCCAAAGAAUUCAUUGGAAAUUCAUGAAGAAGCUUGGAAUGCUUAUCCUUACUGUAAAACUGUUAUAACUAAUCCUGGAUAUAUGAAAGAAAAUUUUGUAAUUAUGAUAGAGUCAUUUCACAUUGAUGAUGUUGGAAACCAACAGAAUGUUCACGAAUUACCUCCUGACAAAUUAAAGAUGAGGGAGGUGGUACAUAUAGAUAUCGCGAAUGAUCCAAUUGCAAAUGCUGAUUACAAAGAGGAUGAAGAUCCAACCAAAUUUAAAUCUGUGAAAACAGGUCGGGGACCCCUUGUUGGCAAAGAUUGGAAGAAUAAUGUUCAGCCUGUGAUGACGUGCUAUAAACUAGUCACUUGUGAAUUUAAAUGGUUUGGUCUGCAAACGCGUGUUGAAAGCUUUAUUCAAAAAUCGGAAAGGCGUUUGUUCACUAACUUCCACAGACAAGUAUUUUGUUGGAUAGAUCGUUGGCAUGGUCUAACUAUGGAAGAUAUUAGAGCAAUUGAGGAGAGUACAAAAGAAGAAUUAGAUAGGCAAAGACAUCAAGGAGAAGUAAGGGGUAUGCGAGCUGAUGAUUGAGGCUUUGACAGCUAUUAUGGGUGGUUAAAUCAAUUUCCUUAUAUGUCUCAGAUACAUGCGCAUACAUAUGGAAAUACACUCACAUACGUUUUGUCAUAGGCGAUCCUGCAGGAUCGGGACAAUUUCCAGGACUUACGUGUCUAGAUUCAGUGUCUAUUAAAACUACUUAUGAUUUUAAUUUAUUUACAUUUACAAGCGAUUUAGACAAAUGUACCUACAGUCAAAGAUUAUAAUAUAGCCAAUAACAAGAAAGAGAACCGUCACAAAUCGGUUUGAUCUAUAUGAUGUAUAAAACAUUCAACAAAAAGAGUACAGUCCGAUAAAUAUCAAUAUAGGUGGAAAAAGCAUUAAUUAUUAUUUAACACCAUAGUUCGGUACUGAAAUUUAUAGACGAGCAAUUCAAGCUGCUUGUUACAGAACACAAACAAGAAUACUUGAUACACAAAAUGCGAGUUCGAUCAUAGUCUAAUAGCAAAUUCCAUAAUUUAUGUCUUAGAUCUAUCGUGUUAAAGUUGGAAAACAGGAACAUUGUCGCACUUGAUGUAAUUUCUGCUCUUCUAACGAAUUUAUGCGGCAUAAUCUGAAAUUCUUUAAGCCUUAUACAAUGUACAAUAAUGAGAAAAUUAAAGAAAAGUAUUUUAGCAACUCUGCAAGCGGAGACUAAUUUUAUGGUAAUUUACUAACGUUCAAUGUUACCGUCAGAUUAGAUGAAACCACAAAUGGUCAGUAGAUUAUAGAGGUUUCGCUUUUCUUAUGUUUCCUGCGUUUUAUUCGAAAGUUAAAGAACAAAACCUGCAUUCGAAUUAGGACCAAAUUGAUGAAUGUUUAAUUAAACUGCGAUUCUAAUUAUUGCAUUAACAUCAGUUGUUCGUAAAACGUAUGGAAGUACCUAUAUAAAGCAAUUAAAUUGAUAUACAUAUGUACGUAGAGAUGAAGAGAAAAAGAAUUAAAACUAUUUCUCUGUAACGGCGGGUAAACGUCGAAAAGAUGCGUUAUUGUAUAUAAAAAAAAAGGCAUACAAUGAAAUUCAAAUUGAAAUGUUA